UAAUUUACAUAUAAAUAUAAAAAGCUAAGUAUAUUUUUUGUGCACUCGAUAAUUGAGUGUUUGUCAAUCUAUUGUGCGUCUCCGGUCUCCGGUGUCAGUCUCGGUUAAAAUCGCAAAUGCGUCAUUCGAUUCGGGCAGUCGACAGAAAGAACUCAAUCCAUAAUGAUCGACUCUUCUCUGCUGAUCUGGUUGCUGUGUGGUGUCGUGUUUACCUUAUUCCUUUAUGCGUAUCAGCAUCAGGAGCGGCUUAAUCGAUUGACCAUCAAUUGGCCAGGACCACCUUCAUAUCCCGUUAUUGGACAUUUGCAUAUCAUAGCAAGGCUCAUUGGUCCUCGACCAUUUAAGCGUGCCACGGAGCUGAUCCACGUUCAUCUGAAGGAUCAUCGCGGAAAACUCUGGUUGGGCACAAAACUCUACUUAUUCGAUUGUAAUCCCAAGGAUAUUCAGGCGCUUUGCACUGCCAAGCAGCUGCUGCAAAAGACCCCGGAUUAUCGUGUCUUUGAGAAUUGGUUGUGCGAGGGUCUCUUCACCAGCGGCGUGGAGAAAUGGACGCAUCGAAGGAAGAUGAUCACGCCGGCUUUCAACUAUGGCAUGAUUAAGCAAUUUGUGGAUGUCUUUGAGCGUCAAGCCCGCAUCCUGGUAGCAAGGUUGGCCAAAUUGGCCGAGACAAAAGAACCUCUUGACUUCUUUCAAUACAUUAGCUGCUACACUCUGGACACGAUUUGUGAAACGGCACUGGGGGCAACAGUUAAUGCACAGUCGGGUCAAAAGUCGGACUACUUCGAUGCGGUCAGAGAAAUUGUACACAUCAUUGACAGUCGCCUGAAGAAUCUGUUCUAUCGCAGCUCGAGGAUUUACAAUUUAUCUAAUCUUGCCGACAGGGAAAAGAAGCUUCUAAAGACACUUCAUGGUUUCACAGAGGGCAUCAUCAGGGAGCGAUUGGAACAAUUGAACUCUGAUCAGGCCAAUCGCAAUUGUGAGAGUACAGAAAAUGCUGAAUCGAGUAAAAAGAAGGCUCUCAGUUGUCUGGACACACUGCUGCUGGCAAGGACACCCGACGGAGAGCCGCUGCAGGUGAAGGACAUACGUGAGGAAGUGGAUACCAUUAUAUUUGGUGGCUUUGAUCUCACAGCCGCCACAUUGAAGUUCUUUAUGUACAACAUGACAUUGCAUUUGGAAUACCAGCAGUUGUGUAGGGAGGAAAUUUUGCAGGUUUGUGGCAAGGAUACGGGUGAAGCCAUAACCCUGGAGCAACUGCAUCAACUCGAGUAUCUGGAGAUGUGCAUUAAGGAGUCAAUGCGCAUGUAUCCUUCGGGACCCUUCACAUCAAGACGAGCCACCGCCAAUUGUCGGAUCAAUGAAUUCUUUAUACCAAAGGACACCGAUGUCAUCAUUUCACCUUUGUAUAUGGGUCGCUGCAAGGACUUCUUCCCGGAUCCGUUGGUCUACAAGCCCCAUCGCUGGGCACGUGAUGCAGAACAAAAGAUAGAACCCUCCACAUUUAUUCCUUUUAUGACGGGUGCUCGAAGCUGUCUGGGACAGCGCUAUGCCAUGGUUAUGAUGAAGAUAGUCUUAUCCCAUCUACUUAGAAAAUAUUAUUUCGAGCCGAUCGGAGAGCGACAAGAGAAGGCGCAUCUCAUCUUUGUUAUGACAUUGCAAACGAAAAAUCCCAUUUACUGCAAAGUACGAGCCGUUGACUAAAAUACGUGUCUAUAUUUUGCAUAGGAUUAAGCUACGGAUCGGUUAGGUAUUUAAGGGCUCCUUAACGCAUUGGAGAAUACAUCUCCGAUACUUCCCUUGAACCUUUUGUUGCCUGACUCCAUUCACGAAUUUCGUAUUGCAUACUUCGUGGCGCACACAAAUUACGCAUUACAUUUCCGCUUUUAAUGAUGACGACGACGGCGACUCAUAUAAUAAAAUAAUUGAGAUCACUCUAGUCGACUACCAGAUACCCUUUGCCCACUUGCACAAGCAAAUGCAGGCGACAGAUGGCGCCAGUGCUGCUUUUCCAUUUGAUUCUAUGAAAUAGAGCGGAUAUAUAGAGAGCAUAUUAAAGCAUACGUAUUUCAAAUCUUUUCGAAAUAUUCCCUAAAUAGUUUAUGCCAUUCAGAAGCCAAAACACAAUACUUCACUUUUAAAUAUAGUAGGUAUUUUAGUAACUGAGAUUAGAUAAAUUAAUCGACUCGGUAGCUGAUACCACACAAACGAAUAAUUUUUAGUCUAGAAAAUCCCUACUUCUUUCUGUUACAUACAUUAGUACAUAGUUAUUAUACCCUUUUUUGUCCAAUUUGCAAUGGGUACAAUUCGAGCAUUUUUCUGGCCUUUUUUGUAAAUAUUUUUAUUUGAGAAACGCGCGUUCGUCUAGAAAAUAAUUUGGUUUUUUGCCUCGAUUUUUUAUUGUGCGCGCGCUGCGGAAAAUCAACAAACAUUUCCUGCCAAUGGCUCUGUGUAAUAAAUAAAAAUACAUAAAGCAAGCCCAACCCGUCGCCCAUCGUCAUUGCCACACAUAUCCUCCCGUCAUAUUCCGGUGCAAAUUAUGGCCCGUUGCCUGCUUAUUAUUACGAUACGACGACGAUGACGACGAUAGAGAUGGAGAUGGAGGAGAUGGAGUUGGAGAUGGCGACAGCAUCGCAUAUCCUUGCCGAGCGCAUAAAAUGCAAUUUAUUUAAAUAAAAAUCAAGUUUAAUUUGCA